AUGACUUUUGUCACUCGCAUCGGUACUCUUAUCAAUGCAUCUUUCUGUGGUCUUGCCAACACCAUGUCGGCUCGGACGGGUCUCCGUUCAUUUCUUUCGUUUGCUGUCUUUUUCGUGAUCUUUGUCGUUGCCUAUGCCGAGUUCGACUUUGUCGAUGGGAAGCCGGACGGCCGUCUCGCGUGGGAGUUUUUCAAGCUGAAGGAUGACGACCUACGCGCCCAGGAGCAAAACCAGCAUUCCUUCGCUGAUACCAAAGCAAACUAUAAAUCGCCUCAGCAAAGAUACCUCGAAGAGGCAAAACAAGUUUCCAGCCAGUUCAAAGGCUUCAAAUCAACCUUUCCCCGACUUAAAGCCCCCGAAAAGUACAAGAAUCCAAAGCUCUACGAUGACCCUCGUUCCUCUAUUCAGACAAGUGACAUCGCCAAAUCGAGCAAAAUAUACCGCCCCUAUCCCAAAUACAACACCGAUGAGUGGAAGCGCACUCACCGCGGUGCAUUCGUACCCUGUGUCGGCCCCCGCGGCAGUAAACUAGAUGAGAGUCUGGAUGAUAGUGUCAGCGUUUAUGUUGGCGCGCCAGAAGGCUUCCCCGAACCUAGCUUUGGCUCUUACGAAGCCUUUGGAAUUGACGGCCACCUGUCCUACGAUCGAUAUGGACGAUACGGAGCAUAUGGUUUCGGUGAAGACGACCCAUCUACCAACUGGAUCCGCCCGGCCAAAGUGGAUUGGGAGAAUGUGGACUGGGGACAACUACAAGAAGAAUGCGUUCACAUAAAUGCCGGUCGUUUCAACUUGACUGAAACCAAUGAAGGCAGCGGCCUCGCCAGUUGGCUCAAACGCAAAACGAGCCCUGCAAAUCUGCUCAAUCCCGAUAUCAAGCCAGAGCUGCGCACUGCAAUUUUGAUCCGGAGUUAUACCGACAAAGUAUACUCGGAGAAUGACAAGCAGGUUAUUCGCUCCAUGGUGCAGGAGUUGUCGCUGCAGUCUGGCGGCGAGUAUGAAGUAUUCUUACUCGUUCACGUCAAAGACGACAGUAUCCCUAUUAAUGAAAAGGAUGUCUAUCACCAAGUCCUUCAAGACAAUAUUCCUCAAGAAUUUUGGAAUAUGACUAUUUUAUGGAGUAUGCCCAUGGUUUCGGAGCGAUACAACAAACUUGACCCGGCUGUGAUGAAUGUCCAUCAAUCUCAAUGGCUUCCGAUCCAGCAUUUUGUCUUGGAAUAUCCAGAAUUCGACUUCGUGUGGAACUGGGAGAUUGAUACACGCUACACUGGCCAUCACUACGAGUUCACAGAAGCUGUUGCAUCUUUUGGUCGCAAGCAACCUCGUCGGGGUAUCUGGGAACGCAGCGAACGUUUCUAUAUUCCUUCUAUCCACGGUAACUAUGACACGGAUUUCCGACAGUAUGUUGCCAAACAAGCUGGAGCAGGCAUCUGGGGUCAUUUGGCAUACGAAGAUGAGGAAGAUAAGCUCCCUAAGCCUAAGGGUCCGGUUCCACCAGUUCCUAGGCCAGAGAUGGACAAUUAUGUAUGGGGUGUUGGUGAAGAAGCAGACUGGGUUGGAUUCCUUCCUGUGUUUAACCCCUAUAACACGGACUGGGUCUUGAGAGACGACGUAUUUGGCUACCUCGGCAAGGACACUCCCCGCAGAUCUACCAUCAUCACUCAUUCUCGCGUUUCCCGGCGAGUGAUUCUAGCCAUGGAUGCAGAGAAUCUUAACGGCCGACACAUUGGCUCAGAAAUGGCACCUCAAACAAUUGCCUUGUUACAUGGCUACAAAACAACCUACGUACCGCACCCCAUCUGGUCAGACAAGCCGCUGGCUGCGCAUCGCAUGGAUCGGUGGUUUAAUUCUGGCGUGAAUGGAAGGUCAGGCAGUACUAGAGACAGCCCAUUUUCAUGGGGUCGUGAACAACGGUUCAAGGACUUGUCAUGGUACUACCGAUGCAACAUUCCUGGUCGAUUAUAUUGGAACCUCUUAGGCUGGGAAAAGGACGGAACAGGAGGUCCGGAUUAUGAAAAACAAAACGGUCGAGUCGUUUUGCCAUCCAUGUUUUUUCAUCCUAUUAAGGAUGUGACACCCGAGUCCGAUAGCACUCACUACGAUCUUCCAACAUAA